AUGGACGUACGCGGAAAGGUGAUGCACCCGAGACGAGUACGAACCCUGGACUCGCGUCUCAGCAUCCACCAUCCAACUGAGGCCAGCUGCUCGCGUGCCAGGACUCGACCAGGCAAUCGAGCGCAUCAUGCGUGCCCACAAUUCACGCGUCGCUCAUCGAGCCCCUCUACGCCUAUCGCCUCCAUCACUUCACUUGUGAUCCCUUCAACCGUC